UUCGCCUAAAAUGUAAAAAAAAUUCAACGUUCACUGGCAAAAUUUUAAUCUGACACGUAAUUAGUCCCUAUCUUGGGUGUGCCUCCCAGCUUCAAACCCUUUAAAAGAGGGCCAACAUUUAGAUGGGCAAGUCAGCCCUGGAACUUCUGUUCACUCAACAUGAGCCUCUCUGCUAAAGACAAAGACACCGUGAAGGCCCUCUGGGCUAAGAUCUCACCAAAAGCUGCUGAAAUUGGCAAUGAGGCAUUGUCCAGACUGUUCGUGGUUUAUCCUCAGACCAAGACCUACUUCAGUCACUGGAGCGACCUGUCACCCGGCUCUGCUCCUGUGAGGAACCAUGGAAAGAAAGUCAUUGGAGGGCUUGGCCUGGCUGUUGAAAAAAUAGACGAUCUUUUCGGCGGACUGCUCACCCUCAGCCAGCUGCAUGCCUUUCAACUGAGAGUCGAUCCUGCUAACUUCAAGAUCCUGUCCCACUGUAUUCUUGUUGUGAUUGCCAUGCUCUUCCCUCAAGACUUCACACCCGAAGCACACAUGGCCAUGGACAAGUUUCUUACAAGAGUGGCACUGGCUCUGUCUGACAAAUAUCGUUAACCAGUUUGACUGUUGUUUGACAACUUGAGAACAGGCUUGAAUGAUGUUUCACUAAAUUUGGUCAAAAACAUGGUCUAAAUAAAUCAUACAAAAUAUGGACACUUUCAUAAAUGUGUUUUUUGUGCUUUUUUUAGCCUAUCCUAUAUAAAACACUCUUGAUUAAUAUAAUUGUAUUCUAAUUAUUAAUUGGCGAUUGUUUGAUCUACACACUCUUCACCACCAUGGAACAUUUCCUUAAGGAUUCUCAAAAUUAUCAUUUUAGCGAUGCAAACUCAGAUCAAACAUAAAAACAGUCUGGAGACAGAAUAUCCAAAAAUUAAGCUCUCUGCUUCUUAGAAUGCUCAAACAUAAUACCUUAGAUUUAUUUAUCUGAUGUUUCAAAAUAUAUAUAAAAACGUAGACGAUAAAAUAGUUUUUGGGGGUAUUUUAGGAUGAACAGGUUAAAUUUCCUCAAUUAAAUUACAAUACAGCCUUGAUAAAAAGUAUAAUGAUUAAUAUAUUUACUAAUAAAAAAAACUUUAUCAAUCAAUUCUGUUAACUAACCCUCACAAGAGGAGGCACAAUCACUGAUCACAAUCUGUCUUUGCACGUGCGGACAACUUUAUUUACGUCUUUAUAUGACGUCUAUGGCUGCAAUGUCUUAAACAGCUUCUGGUAGUUCCUUAUAAUUUUUCUUUUCUUUUCAUAGGAGAGAUUGUCUAUAUAGCAGCCACACCACCAUGCCGAGUUCAAUUAACAACAAUGUUAAUAAUAUAAACAUUUAAAGCAACACAUCAUUUUCAUUUAUUUAGCAAUGACAUUGUGAAUGUAAAUGUGCUUAAAUUGAAAACACCACGUUGUCAACAAAUGAACGACACAUUUUCAGAAAUCUGCUUUGGGCUGCCAUAAAAGUUUGCAUUCAUACAUGGGUUUGUUAUGCUUUGCUGAAAACUUUAUUUAAAGUAAAAUAAGAAAAACAAAUACUUCACGAAGAUCAUUAUAUUUAGAUUAUAAUUUAAAACGAUGUACCCAGUUAUAUUAUAAUAUAAUUAUUCAAC